CACGCCUCACGUCUCCGUCCUCAUGUCUCUGUCCUCUGUCCUGCAGGACGUCCCAUCGCGUGAUCCUCGGAGAACACGACCGCUCCUCCACCGCUGAGGACAUCCAGGUCAUGAGGGUCGGCAAGGUGUUCAAGCACCCCCGCUACAACGGCUACACCAUCAACAACGACAUCCUGCUCAUCAAGCUGGCGAGCCCCGCCCAGAUGAACAUGCGUGUGUCCCCUGUGUGCGUCGCCGAGACCGGAGACAACUUCCCCGGAGGCAUGAAGUGCGUGACCACCGGCUGGGGCCUGACCCGCCACAACGCUCCCGACACCCCCGCCCUGCUGCAGCAGGCCGCCCUCCCCCUGCUGACCAAUGAGCAGUGCCGCCGUUACUGGGGCAACAGGAUCAGUGAGCUCAUGAUCUGCGCCGGCGCUUCCGGAGCCUCCUCCUGCAUGGGCGACUCUGGCGGUCCUCUGGUCUGUCAAAAGGCUGGUGCCUGGACCCUGGUGGGUAUUGUGUCCUGGGGCAGUGGAACCUGCACUCCCACGAUGCCCGGCGUGUACGCCCGCGUCACCGAGCUGCGAUCCUGGAUGGACCAGACCAUCGCCUCCAACUGAGCGGGUCAGACCGGACGGCGUUCAGAUUCACCUGGUCGUCAAUAAAACUCUGAAAGUCUCAAA